AUGGAGGCAUGGAUAUGGGUAAUAGGUUUACUUUUCAUAUUCGGCCUAAAGAAUAUGCCCUUGAUCUGGCAUUUCCGUUUUUUCCGCGCUCUCGCAGCUGGGAUGCUUGUACAUCGCAAGGCAAAGCCUUUAUUUCAACCCAGUCACAUUUUCCUUCCAGCAGUAUCUGCAAGUCGAUCACCACCAAUGGAGUGUGACUUUAACCUCCAUAAAUCGAAUUCUACCUACUUCACCGAUCUCGACGUAUCCCGAGCGUAUCUUUCCGGUAUUCUCUUCGGGCCACUAUUCCUAAAGGGCCUUAAUGGCCAGCGAUGCAACCUAAUUGUCGGCGCUGUGGCUUGUUCAUUCCGCAGGGAAAUCAAGCCUUAUCGAGCAUAUGAGACUUGGACGAGGAUUGCGAGCUGGGAUGAUAAAUGGAUUUAUAUGGUGACUCACUUUGUGUCAAGUCGCACUUCUGCGUUACCCCCAGACAUAUUGAAGUCAGGAGCUGACAACCGAAAAAACGAAAGUGAAAAAUACCCGCAGGUCUCUCGAUCUGAUACCACAAAAGGGGCCGUGCUAGCCUCUGCUGUCACGCAAUUUGUCUGCAAGCAAGGGAGAAGGACAGUGCCCCCCGCGCAUAUUCUAGCUGCGUCUGGCCUACUAAACCGCACACAUUUAGCUUAUCAGCAUAGCAGCCCAUUAUCACCCAGUUCGUUUUUCGAUAAAAGAAUGCGACUAGAUGACACUAUCUCAAAGCCAGAAGCACUUAUACCAGCAGAUGUUGAAGCAAUAAGGAGGACAAAUCUGUUAGUUGUCCAGCUACAAGGCGGCUGGGGCAAGGUUCACGAACUUUUCCAACCCGAUGACACUAUUCUCGGCUGUCACAAAUGUAUUUAA